AUGGCGGACUUUCGGAAACUGGCGUUAGAGUAUGUCCUCAGUGAUGAUGCAAACAGGCAUUUGGAAAUUUCAAAAGAGGCUGCUGCAGCAAUCCAAUCAGCACCCAGGCCCAGCAAUCCAGUAGCACGAUGGGUUGAGUCCAUUCGGCCAUGGAUGCCAAGCGCCAAUGAUGAUCAAAUGGAAGAUGGCGAGGAUGGAGAGUCAAGCGGUGACGUUAUUGCCCGGUCCAAAGCUUUGAGCUUCUUAGCCGGAACUCUAGAACACCUGGACCCUACCUUCCUCAAGCCAGACCAGGUCAACCUUCUUGUUGCAUUCUUUGGUAGCAUGUUCAAGGUCGAUCACAAAGCUGGCAUCAUGCCGGCAGCCAAGGCACUCGAUAGAACAGCGAGUAUGAAGGCUUUCCAGCCCCAAAAAGGCAAUGAUAUCAUACUCAGCGUAUGCAGUCUCGGUGAGGACUUUAAGAAUCAGGUCGCAGAGACCCGUGCCACAGUAUAUGAGCUUUUGGACCAUCUGGUCACCAACCCCGAUGUUGCAAGUGAUUUGCAAUAUCAGCAUGGAACCACUGCUGGUUUCAUGACGGAGCUUCUGCAGCUUUGCCGCAAUGAGCGAGACCCGAAAUGUCUGAUGAUCUGGUUCGGAAUUUUGAAGACGUUCUUGGUUGACUACGCGCCUGUACAAGAAGUCGUCGAUGAGAUUUUCAGCAUUUUCUCAGCAUACUUUCCGAUUUCUCUGAGGACAUCGCAGCACCCAUCGGGAAUCACCGCUGACGACCUGAAAUCUGCUCUGCGAGAGUGUUUCUCGGCUCAUCACCGCGUGGCGAGCAAGGCUAUACCGUACCUGGUUGGUCGACUAGACCAGGGAGAUAGUGUAACUGUUAACGUUAAGGUUGAUAUCCUCAAAACGUUGACCGCGUGUUUGAACAAAUACGAGCACGUUCAACAGGGCAUUACCCCCUUCGUCGAAAAGAUUUGGAGCAGCCUUAAGUACGAAGUUCGUAAUGGAGAAAUUGAGGACACCAUUAAUGCCACUCUGGAAGUCAUUCGAACUAUCGCCAAAAGACUUACUGGGGAUGAACUAAGGGAUUUCGCUCUUACUGUUCAACGCGACUGUUUGGAGGAUCUGGCCAACCCAAUUUACACGGCAGCCUCGGGAAAGCUUCUUAUUAGCGUCCACAGCGCAAAGCCGUCUGCUUUCGCUCUCAUGAUUGCCCCUUCCGUCACCCAUAUUAAGGAAAAUCUACGCCAUACGAAGUCGCCUGAGCACACGAAGAACCUGCUGAUCUUGCUCAACUCCCUACUCGAGCUGCGUCAAGUCCUCAUUGGCGGCGAUGUGGAACUCAACGCAGAAGAUGCUGCAGCUUUCAGGUCUACAGAGCCAAUGCUUGCGCCGCUGCAUAAACAAGCAUACUUGUCCCCGUUCCAACAAGCAGUCCAGGAAGGAGCGCAAAAGGAGGAAAUUACUAUUGGACAGCAAGCAAUCAAGGGCAUGGGUUUGAUGGUUUGCCAGCGUGCUGCACAAACAGGACAUUCCAAUCAGCCCAUGCUUCCCGAAGCCACGCUUUCAGAGAUCUGUGACGACCUGGCUAAGGUCAUCCUCCAAGCACCAGAGCGAUACGCGACGGACGAGCUUCGAUCCAAUCUGGUCGAUGAGGCAGUAGUUGCUCUCCAGAAGGCUACUAUGGCUUACCCGCCAGCCCUGAGUAAGCUUAUCGAGGAAAGCUUCAGGAUAUGUGAGCCGUACAUUGCUUCUCCCGAGACAACGUCAGUCAUAGGCCUGGUUGAAACACUACAGCAAGUCAUCCCCAAGCUGGCCUUCAUUAGCUGUUCUGAGGUACCUCGGCAAGGGAGGAAGUUUGAAAACUAUGUCCUUCUUCUUAGCAUGUUACUCAAAAACUUGCAGUCGAUGCUUGAUGUCAAGGCCCCACCUCAAGUUUGGUCAGUGUUUGCCUCUGGAAUCCACAUGACAAUGAGGUACUACCGCGACGCAACGCAUGCAUAUAUCCCGCGGUCCGAGGCACUCAAUUUCGACGACAAACGAUUCCAUCCCGAGACAUGGGUUGAUUACGUUGCAGGGCGAUACCCUGUUCUACCUCGUAUUGACAAUGACAAGUCCGAACCCGCAGCCGUUGGGGAGACGAUGGACAUCGAUAGCGAGGAGUCAGGUCUGGACAAUGCAAGUGACGAGCUGCAUGGAGACUUUAUCCUCAUCAGUCUGUUUGUCGUGCGACAGCUUUACAGACGCACCACCAGGAUAAUCAGCUACGCCGAUGACACUGAGCUGUCAUUGGAGCUCAGUAGUGAUUUUACCAGCAAAGAUCCGGACGGCCGCAGCUUCGAGGACCGCUAUCUACAUUUCAUUGGAACUAUGGCCACCUUUGUCAUUCGGGAAAUGAACGAACUGGAACAGACUGCUUUGCUCCUGAAUGAAGAGGUUGUGACCCUCUUCCGUGGCGAUGAUGAAUAUCUUCACAGUGAUCCUGUCCAGGUACACCCUUGGGCAAAUGCACACCUACGAGACGCAAUGCUUCGAACGUUCAGUCCUGAACGCUCAUACAGUAUGCGUAACCCUCCAAAAUUUCCGAUUAGUGGUUUUAGUCACGGCCGCACUGUCGUGCUUUCCCUGGGCAUUGUUCAGCCUCUGCACCCCACAGUGGUUCAGCGUUUGGUUGAAAGGGGAACUGCUCACCAAAUCCUAAUUGCCGGACUUCUAUCGCGUGAUCACUCAGCAUCACCACGCUCUCGCCAUGUUGUCUCUGCCAUCCUGACUAUACUGGCCAACAAAUAUCCCAUUGAGAAACUGAGCGAGAUUGUAACCAUGAUAGAGCAUCAAAUGAACUUUGUGGUCGGUGAUGGAAGUCUGUCCAAGGAAGAAGAGAGCCAAACUGGCUUUCUUGAGCACGAGGCGAACAGGACUCCUGGAGGAAACCCAGCCCAGGCUCGUGCCAAUCUGGCAAGGCCAGUAUAUGCAAUCACCGCCGGUGUUCUCAGGCGAUAUACGGGCAACGCCUUCAAGCAGGUUCUAUCGGCUAUUCAACAGGGACCUGCCAACAGAGAGACUGGCCAUAUACUUGCUCGCAAUCUUGAGAUUGUGUUUGCCCCUUAUGAGAGUCUGAAGAGGGACUAUUUUGGACAAGUCAAGUCUCUGUGGCUUCAAAGGGCCUACUUUGAGCUCGUUAAACCGAUGUUGGCCAAGGCCUGGCCGGCCGGCUCCAACAGCCCCGAAGACACGCUGAUAGCUGCGAAUUACAGUAUUGCGGUACUCGCAGCAGUCAAGCACAUUCCCUUCGCAAUCUAUGAAGAUGACACAGAGGACCUGGUAAGGUUAAUCCUCUGUGCCAUUCGCUACCUGCCUUCUGGCGGAGAUGUACAAGCCGGCCUCCAAGUUUUGGAACAGAUUGCACAAAAGUCACCCGAUCGCAUCAAGCCGUUCCUGAAGAGUGUAAUCGAUGCUUGCAUGUCAAUCUGCACUCGAGGCGGGUCUCGAACCAGUGAUGACUCCUCGUGGAUGCCAGCUGGCUACAUGCCGUUCGACCACUCUAGCAUUCACCAGGCGCAAUGCCGAUGCCUCGUCAUCCGUCUUCUGGGUCUUCUUCCCCCACAGUUUGAGCACAGGCAUCUGCUCGACUCUGCAUCUCAUGUCCGCCGUAUGUUGUCGCAAGCCUCUGGUGACCGCGUACGUGAGGUUCGCAAGGCUGCCCUUGUGGCUCGUGCGGCUUGGGCCGAAAUCAACUAA